GUUCUCAUCAUGGCACUGCAUGUUCUGCUGAGCGGCAACGCCGAGAGUCGACGCGCUGUUCUCGUCCUUUGGGUCUGCAGUUUGCGUCAACCCCUAAAAAAGAAGACAAAAGUUUUAAUUUAAUUGUUUGUGACGGCUGGAGAGGGCUGCUGCAAGUCGUCGUGCCAUCAGCGAGGCAACGCGAACUCGGGACCCCACCACAACCUGCAUCAGCAGUUCAGGAACUUCUGAAAGGCAGCGGCUCUGCUCAGGUGUAUAUACCCAAUGCGGUUACAGAACAAGUACAAGGAAAGUUUUAUCUCACAGAUUCCUCUAGCCGCAGCGACGCUGGGAGGUUCGGCCUCAUUACGUUUGAAGGGGCGAAGAAGGGCACCGGCCGUCUACUCGCCGUUGAUCUCAAGACGGACACUGCAGAAGUAGUGGGGAGUGGCAUUCCCUUUGCCAACGGGGUGGUGGUGACCUACGACAAGUCGGGUGUUUUUGUUGCUGCAUUGAACGCCCGUCAGAUUCGAUAUUAUCCUUUCUCCUCCUCUGCGGACUCCACAGGCAGCUUGAAGGAGUGGCGCCCAGUGUUGACACUUCCGAUUCCUCCUGACAAUCUGACACGAGUUCAAGUUGAAGGCAAGCGGCUGUAUGCUGCAGCAUCCUUUGGCGCUCCGUUCGUGCCUCCGUUUGUACGGAGCAGCGACUCGGGAGGCCUCCUGCAGCAGCUGCGUUCAGCUGUGUGGACAGCUUGGAGCCGCGCCUUGCGGCCCUACAAGCCAUUUCCUCUCUUUGGGGGGGUCCUCUUCCCCCUUAUGCAACUCCUGCCUAGUUCCUUUUUUGAUUUUCUGAUUCAAGUUGGCGCUAAGAGAAACAAAAGAGGAGGCCAAGUUGUGCUGUUUGACGGAGAGGGAAAAAUACACAAAUGGCUUUCCCGUGAGUCGCAAGAGGCCGCUGCUCGUUGUUCAUGGGUCAUUCUGCACAAGUGGCCGAACUCAAAGGAAGUGGUGAUGUUGGUGGGGGCUUUCAGACCGGAACAGCCACUAUGUCAAGUUCACAUAGAAAAGUACUUGCAGGCACGGUGGCCGCAGGAGUCAAUGCAGUUUUGUGGCGCCCUGCAAGCAGCUGUUUGUGUUGGCCUCGCGGAGGCGCGUAAGGAGGGUCGGGAGCCCCCUUACGGUCUGCAGGCUGAUACUGCUCACCAGCCGCAGCAGACCAGCGGAAGCAGCAGCAUUUGCUGCAGCUGCAGCUGCGGCUACAGCGGCUGUAGCAGCUGCUGCAGCGGUGCCACGGAGGGCCUGGGCUUCCUGUUGGAGGUCGUGCGAGCUGAGGAUACACCGGACCUCUGCAUAUCUGAGGCAGCACCAGCGGCAAACACAAGAGGGGACAAACGCUGCUAA